CACUGCCAUGAGUUCUGCGAAGCGGGGACCCAAAGCAGGUCCGCGCGCGGUGCGCGGGGGCAGACAGGACACCAGGGACGCUGGCCCGGCGCCCCGGGCCCAGGGGGAACGAGACUCCCCCGCACUUCCCGAAUCGGUUCCAGCUGUGGCAAAUCUUGAAGAUGGGAAGCAAAACAUGAUGGAAAGAGAAGCCUCCUAUCAAAGGGAUGCAUUUGACCCAGAAGAGGAAUACAAAAUGGACCACAGGAGGAGAGGAAUCGCCUUGAUCUUCAAUCACAAUGAAUUCUCUGAGGAGUUAAAUCUGGGAAAGAGACAGGGCACCCAUGCAGACAAGGAGGGGCUCACUCGCAGGUUUAAAGAGCUAGGCUUCGAAGUAAAGAGCUUUGAUGAUCUUAAAGAAGAAAAACUGCAACAUGAAAUUCGUAAGGCGUCCACCUGCAGCCAUGCAGAUGCUGAUUGCUUCGUGUGUGUCAUCCUGAGCCAUGGCGAAGGCAAUCACAUUUAUGCCAAAGAUGCCAAGAUUGAAAUCCAGACAUUAACUGCCUUGUUCAAAGGAGACAAGUGUCCAAGCCUGGUGGGGAAACCCAAGAUAUUCAUUAUUCAGGCCUGUCGGGGAAUUGAAUAUGACGAGCCUGUCAUCCCAAUGGAUGCAGUGGAUAGUGAGACAGGAGGGCAGGACAGCAACAUGACACAGGUGGAUGCGGCCUCGGUCUACACCUUGCCUGCCGGAGCCGACUUCCUCAUGUGCUACUCUGUGGCUGAAGGAUAUUAUUCUUUCCGGGAUCCUAAAAAAGGCUCAUGGUACAUUCAGGAUUUGUGUGAGAUGCUGGGAAAAUAUGGCUCCUCCUUGGAGUUCACAGAACUCCUCACGCUGGUGAACAGGAAGGUCUCGCAGCGCGAGGUGGAGUCCUCCAACAUCCCGAAGGCCAUCGGGAAGAAGCAGGCCCCUUGCUUUGCAUCAAUGCUAACGAAGAAGCUGCAUUUCUAUCCCAAAGCUAGCAACUAGGGGCUGUUUUAUCUAAUGAUGUAUGCCCAAAAUGCUUCCCUU